AAAGCGUUAACCACCCGCUCGCCUCAAUUUCCUGUCCCGCUUCCCCUUUUCCUUCCCAAAGUUUGGGCAGAACCCAUGGCCGCGGCAGCAGCUGCGCUCCUGUCCGGGCAGCGAAGCCCCGUGCUCUCGGGUGUGGGUGCCCCAUCAGGUCAGGACUUCACUCUGCAGCAGCCCCAGGCCAAGGUGUCGGUGGCAGUGGGGGAAACGCUCACCCUGAACUGCAUCACAUCUGGAAUUGCUGAACCAGGCCCUGUGAAGUGGCUGAAGGGCUGGGGCACUGGGAACAAGACUGUCUAUGACCAGAGUGAUGAGGAUCCCUCGUCCCGUGUGAUGAGAGCAGUGAAUGGGUCUGACACAGACUUCACCAUCCACAUCAGCAACUUUCAGCCCGAAGAUGCUGGCACCUACUACUGUGUGAAGUUUGUCAAGGGGAACUCUGGUGAGGAUAAGGUGUUUAAGAGUGGCAGUGGCACUGAGGUGUCCGUGCAUGAGGCUGCCCUGGUUCCUGGAAUGGUGGCUGCAGCUGCAGUGCUCUGCUUCCUCCUCCUCCUCGGCCUCUUCGUCGCCCUUUGCAUGUACAGGAGGAAGCGCCAAGGGGGGGUGGGCAGCCCCUGCCCCGCCAGGACAGUGGCCAUGGGCAGCUUCUCGUCUGUCCCUCUGCGGUGCUGUGCAGGGACCCCCGGCACCCCCAGGUGCACUGUUCUGUUGGUUCUUUCUGCGUUUCAUGGAAACGUCAUGGUAGGGAGCACCCAGUACCAGGGAGCUCGUGCAGCCCCUCACUGUGUGUCUGAGCCCAGCCCAGUGAAGUCCUGGAUGCAGAGAGCUCCCACCUGCCCAGCCAGCAGAGCAGCAAGGAGGAGAACGACAUCCACUACGCCGACUUGCAGCCGCUGCCGCCGGCCCCGCAGCGCGGCAGGAGCCCGGGCACAGCCCCCACCGAGUAUGCCAGCCUCAGGGUCACUGCCAAGUGACGCCCGCCACGGCUGCCUGCACAGCCAGGCCGUGUCAGGGUGGCAGAAGGGACGUUUCUGCAGGGCACAACAAAGAAGAAGUGGAGCUGUUUGCGUGGUGCGUCCAGAUCUCAGCUCGGCACGCUGUGGUCACCGUGUUUGCACCUCAGGGGAGCUCUCCCAGGACCUGGAAGCUUUGUCGACCACAGGAUCAGACCACGAGGCCAAGCACCUCUGCCUUGUGCAAGCUGUUUUGUGCUGAUAACACCAGGAGGACCUCACACACACCUGUGUGCACCAGCGUGGGCCUCCACUGGUCCUUUCCCGGCCCACAGGUCCAUAAUUUGUGUUAUCUUUUACCACCCUCAUUAAAGCCAGCAAACAGCC